AAAACGACCCAACGUGAUCCCGUUUUCAACGUUUCCCCAUACGACGCCGUUUCUCUCUUCUCGGCGUACUUUAGCCCAGCCCCACACACCGCCUUUUAUCUUCAAUCAAUCAGAGUCAGAAAGAAACUACAACAGUUAUAAAAUUUCAGUGUAAAAAUAAAGAGAGAGAGAGAGAGAGAGAGAGAGAGGGUUUGAGAAUUGAGAAUUCAAAUCUGAUUCUCUGAAACUUGGAAUUUUGAAGGGCUGUGAAAAGAUUGAAAGAGAAAGAGCGAGCGAGGUUUGGACCUACGUUGACUCACUGAGUGAUUGAUAGAUCAACGGCCUAAAAGCUACUACCUAAUUUUUCUUUGCAUUUACUUCAGAAAUGAGGGUUGGUGGUGAUGGCACAAGCUUAUUUGUUGAAGUGAAUGCUUCGAAGGUGCAAUUUUGGGCUGUGAUUUGAAGGUCUGUGUUUUGCGGAGCUGAAGUAACUGACGCAAUGGGUGUCUCAGGAAAAUGGAUUAGAGCUUUGGUUGGUUUGAAGAAACCAGAAAAGUCACAAUCUUCAGAGAAAAAUGAAAAUAGAACAGCUUCUAGCAAGUCUAGGCACCGGAGAAAACAUUCUGUUGAGAUUGAUACUGAUAAGCUUCAAUAUGAGUUUGAUCAUGUUGCUGCUCCACCAGUUGUAGAUUCCAAUACUCAAUCAAACCCAGAUGUGGCUGGCUCCCAUUCAGGUUCACCUCAAGCACAAGAUGCUCAAGCACAGGUUGCAGCUCAUAAUGAGCAAAGUGUGAAAGAAGAAUGGGCUGCAACGCGCAUCCAAACAGCUUUUCGUGGAUUUCUGGCUAGAAGAGCUUUACGAGCUUUGAAAGGAUUGGUAAGACUUCAAGCCCUUGUCAGGGGCCAUGCUGUGAGAAAGCAAGCUGCAAUAACUCUCCGCUGUAUGCAAGCUUUGGUGAGAGUUCAAGCUCGUGUACGAGCCAGGCGUGUUCGUUUGGCAUUGGAAAGUCAAACAGCUCAACAGAAACUUCAGCAACAACUUGUAAAUGAGGCUCGUGUCCGAGAAAUAGAACAGGAAGGGUGGUGUGACAGUGUGGGAUCUGUCGAACAAAUUCAAACCAAAUUGUUAAAGAGGCAGGAGGCUGCGGCUAAGCGAGAGAGAGCCAUGGCAUACGCUUUGGCUCACCAGUGGCAGGCUGGAUCGAGGCUGCAAGCUGUUCCAUCUGGAUUUGAACCAGAUAAAAGCAGCUGGGGUUGGAACUGGUUGGAGAGAUGGAUGGCUGUCCGUCCUUGGGAGAAUCGGUUUCUUGACAUUAACCUUAGAGAUGGAGUGAUGGUACGUGAAAAUGAAUCAGUUGAGGAUAUGAAUGGAACUAAAUCCCAUGUAAAAUCUGCUGGCAAAAAACCAAUUGCACCAAAUCUUCAUCCAAACCUUUCGAGUCAGAAAACAGGCCCCUCUUAUUCAGAUGGCUGUGGUUCUUCAUCCAGUCAAUCAGCAGGCAUGCAAGAUGCAUCCAGUACACUGCUUGCCAAAUCCAAGCCCAAGCCACAUGCAGAUGAUCCAGUUGAAGAAUCUAACUCAAGGUCUGGAAUUGGUUUGAGGUCUCACAGCAAUCCAAAAGAGAGAUCCACACAACCAGAUAAGCAGGCAAAGAAGCGAUUGUCUCUACCUAACAGCGGGGGAGGUGCCGGGGCUCAAUUGUCCAGGCAUCCUAAUAAAACUGUUGCGAAAGGGACACCCAACUCGCAGAAGAUCGUCAAGGAUAAAUCUAAGAUUAAUGGAAGAGGGGACUCAAACUCUACAAAAUCUGUCCCACAGGCUGUUGAUCCAUAACAUUAAGAAUCCCACACAAGAUAUCCUACUGCAGGCUGCUCUUGAUUGAAUCGCUGCUGUUUCAGUCUGUACAUAUAUUGCCACUUUUGGGGGGCAUGCAACCUGCGCAUCGCUUCUUGUCAUGAAAUUCAGAGGUGGUUUCACCAUGACAUUGUAAAGGAGAUUGGCUUGGAUUGUCACGGGGAAUAAGAUUUAGUGGGUUUGAUAUUUGGCUGUCGUAAUGUUAUUAAGUUUUAUUGUUGUCAAUUAUGUAAUCAUGCGGUAUUUAUUUCCAAAUGCACCGUGUUCGGAGCAGUUGGCUUUACAUAAUACUAUCAUUGUUAGAUUUCUUUCUAUGUUCUUCCGUUCUUGAAGAUUAUGCACUGCUGUGAUAAUCAUUAAAGAAAUCUGGAAAUGGUGGAAAAACAAUAGUUCGAGUAUUUUAGUGGGAUCUACCGUGUACAAGUUGUGAAUUUCCACUAGAGUAGUAUAUGAAUAUAUAGAUUUUGGUAAUAA